AUGGCCCGAGCCCGCCCGCCGCCGCCGCCACCGCCGCCGCCGCCGCCGCCGGGGCUCCUGCCGCUGCUUCCUCCGCUGCUGCUGCUGCCGCUGCUGCUGUCCACCGGCUGUCGGGCGCUGGAAGAAACCCUCAUGGACACAAAAUGGGUGACAUCGGAGUUGGCAUGGACAUCUCAUCCAGAAAGUGGGUGGGAAGAGGUGAGUGGCUAUGAUGAGGCCAUGAACCCCAUCCGCACGUACCAGGUGUGUAACGUGCAGGAGUCAAGCCAGAACAACUGGCUUCGCACGGGCUUCAUCUGGCGGCGAGAGGUGCAGCGCGUCUACGUGGAGCUCAAGUUUACCGUGCGUGACUGCAACAGCAUCCCCAACAUCCCUGGCUCCUGCAAAGAGACCUUCAACCUCUUCUACUACGAGGCUGACAGCGAUGUGGCCUCGGCCUCCUCCCCUUUCUGGAUGGAGAACCCCUAUGUGAAGGUGGACACCAUCGCGCCCGAUGAGAGCUUCUCGCGGCUUGAUGCUGGCCGUGUCAAUACCAAGGUGCGAAGCUUUGGGCCGCUCUCCAAGGCCGGUUUCUACUUGGCCUUCCAGGACCAGGGUGCCUGCAUGUCGCUCAUCUCUGUGCGGGCCUUCUACAAGAAGUGUGCCUCCACCACCGCAGGCUUCGCCCUUUUCCCCGAGACCCUCACUGGGGCCGAGCCCACCUCUCUGGUCAUUGCCCCUGGCACCUGCAUCGCUAAUGCCGUGGAGGUGUCCGUACCACUCAAGCUCUACUGCAAUGGCGAUGGGGAGUGGAUGGUGCCCGUGGGAGCCUGCACCUGUGCCACCGGCCAUGAGCCAGCUGCCAAGGAGUCCCAGUGCCGCCCCUGUCCCCCUGGGAGUUACAAGGCGAAGCAGGGAGAGGGGCCCUGCCUCCCCUGCCCGUCCCACAGCCGCACUGCCUCGGCAGCCGCCAGCAUCUGCACCUGCUACAGUAACUUCUACCGUGCGGAUUCGGACUCUGCAGACAGUGCCUGUACCACGGUGCCAUCUCCCCCCCGGGGUGUGAUCUCCAAUGUGAAUGAGACCUCACUGAUCCUCGAGUGGAGUGAGCCCCGGGACCUGGGUGGCCGGGACGACCUCCUAUACAACGUCAUCUGCAAGAAGUGCCACGGGGGCCCUGGGGCCGGGGGCAUCCCGGCCUGCUCGCGCUGUGAUGACAAUGUGGAGUUUGUGCCUCGGCAGCUGGGCCUGACAGAGCGCCGGGUCCACAUCAGCCAUCUGCUGGCCCAUACACGCUACACCUUUGAGGUGCAGGCCGUCAACGGUGUCUCGGGCAAGAGUCCGCUGCCCCCGCGCUACGCGGCUGUGAAUAUCACCACCAACCAGGCUGCCCCGUCCGAAGUGCCUACACUACAUCUGCACAGCAGCUCAGGCAGCAGCCUGACCCUGUCCUGGGCACCCCCAGAGCGGCCCAAUGGAGUCAUCCUGGACUACGAGAUGAAGUACUUUGAGAAGAGUGAGGGCAUUGCCUCCACGGUGACCAGCCAGAAGAACUCGGUGCAGCUGGGCGGGUUGCGGCCUGAUGCCCGCUAUGUGGUCCAGGUCCGUGCCCGCACCGUAGCUGGCUAUGGGCAGUACAGCCGUCCGGCUGAGUUUGAGACCACAAGCGAGAGAGGCUCCGGUGCCCAGCAGCUCCAGGAGCAGCUUCCCCUCAUCGUGGGUUCUGCCACGGCUGGGCUUGUCUUCGUGGUGGCUGUCGUGGUCAUCGCUGUCGUCUGUCUCAGGAGGCAGCGGCGCGGCUCUGACUCCGAGUACACCGAGAAGCUGCAGCAGUACGUUGCUCCUGGAAUGAAGGUUUAUAUUGACCCUUUUACGUAUGAGGACCCUAAUGAGGCUGUGCGAGAGUUUGCCAAGGAAAUUGAUGUAUCCUGUGUCAAGAUUGAGGAGGUGAUUGGAGCUGGAGAAUUUGGGGAGGUGUGCCGGGGUCGGCUGAAACAGCCAGGCCGCAGAGAGGUGUUCGUGGCCAUCAAGACGCUGAAGGUGGGCUACACAGAGAGGCAGCGGCGGGACUUCCUCAGUGAGGCCUCCAUCAUGGGUCAGUUUGACCACCCCAACAUAAUCCGACUAGAGGGUGUGGUCACUAAAAGUCGGCCAGUCAUGAUUCUCACCGAGUUCAUGGAGAACUGUGCCCUGGACUCCUUCCUCCGGCUCAACGACGGACAGUUCACGGUCAUCCAGCUGGUGGGCAUGUUGCGGGGCAUUGCUGCUGGCAUGAAAUACCUAUCCGAGAUGAACUACGUGCACCGAGACCUGGCUGCCCGCAACAUUCUUGUCAACAGCAACCUGGUCUGCAAAGUCUCAGACUUCGGCCUCUCCCGCUUCCUGGAGGAUGAUCCCUCUGAUCCUACCUACACCAGCUCCCUGGGCGGGAAGAUCCCCAUCCGCUGGACUGCCCCAGAGGCCAUAGCCUAUCGGAAGUUCACCUCUGCUAGUGAUGUCUGGAGCUAUGGAAUCGUCAUGUGGGAGGUCAUGAGCUAUGGAGAGCGACCCUACUGGGACAUGAGCAACCAGGAUGUCAUCAAUGCCGUAGAGCAGGAUUACCGGCUGCCCCCACCCAUGGACUGCCCUACCGCACUGCACCAGCUCAUGCUGGACUGCUGGGUGCGGGACCGGAACCUCAGGCCCAAAUUCUCCCAGAUUGUCAACACCCUGGACAAGCUCAUCCGCAAUGCUGCCAGCCUCAAGGUCAUCGCCACUGCCCAGUCUGGCAUGUCACAGCCCCUCCUGGACCGCACAGUCCCAGAUUACACAACCUUCACGACAGUUGGUGACUGGCUAGAUGCCAUCAAGAUGGGGCGGUACAAGGAGAGCUUUGUCAGCGCGGGGUUUGCAACCUUUGACCUGGUGGCUCAGAUGACUGCAGAAGACCUGCUCCGGAUCGGGGUCACCUUGGCUGGCCAUCAGAAGAAGAUCCUUAGCAGUAUCCAGGACAUGCGGCUACAGAUGAAUCAGACACUGCCUGUGCAGGUCUGACACCUGACUCCCACUGGGUGGGUACCCCCCAAGGACUGUGCAGGGACUCUGACCAGCCGGCUGGACUUUUGGACUUUUGGAUGCCUGGCCUUAGGCUGUGGCCCAGAAGAUGGAAGUUUGGGGAAGGCCCAAACUGGGACUUCUCCUCCAGGCCUGUGCUCCCUCCCCAGGAAGUGUGCCCCAAACCUCUUCAUAUUGAAGAUGGAUUAGGAGAGUGGGUGAUGACCCCUCCCCAAGCCCCUCAGGGCCCAGGCCUUCCUGCUCUCCAGUGGGGGAUCCCCACCACCUCAGACUUCGCUGUUCUUCAGUGCUGGAGGUCCUGGCAGGGUCAGGUGGAGGAUAAGCCUGGGUUCUAUAGGGCCCAGCCCUGGCAGGGGUCUGGCCCCCCCCAGGUAGGCAGAGUAGCCCCUCCCUCAGGAAUUGGAGGAGGGGACUCCGGGAAUGGGGAAAUGUGACACCCCAUCCUGAAGCCAGCUGGCACCUCCAGUUUGCACAGGGACUUGUUCUGGGGGCUGAGGGCCCUGCCCCACCCCCACCCUUGGUGCUGUCAUAAAAGGGCAGGCAGGGGCAGGCUGAGGAGUAGCCCCUUGCCCCCCAGAGACUGACUCUCAGAGCCAGAGUUUGGAUGUGUAUGUGAGUGUGUUCGUGUGUGUGUGUGCGCGCGCGUGUGUGUGUCUGUGCACGCACUGGCCUGCACAGAGAGCAUGGGUGAGUGUGUAAAAGCUUGGCCCUGUGCCCUGCAGUGGGGCGAGCUGGGCCAUCAGCGGAAUAAAGGCAAUAAGAUGA